AUGCUGUCCGCUGCUAUACGAGUGAUAGCUCGUUCAGCUACUAUACAGCUUGAAGAGAUAGCUGCUCUGUCAGCUACAUCAUCCAAUUCCAAUAAAGGCAAAGGGAAAGCCGUCGAUCAACCCAUUGAGACAUUGACAGAAUCAUCAGAACGAUGUAAAGCUGAAUAUACUGGAUCAACUCUUACUGCACACUUGGCGGAGUUUUGUGAAGAUCGAUUAUCACCACUCGAUAGAUUAAUACAUCAAGCUCCUAGAUCACCUCCACCACCCGCACCACCUACACAUCCAGAUAGACAUAUCGAAGCUGAACAAUCCAGAACUAAAGGUAUAUCUCCAUCUGCACCUGCCCCCGUCAAGAGAUACAAACCCAUGAUUGGAAAUUCAUACAGUAAACCACCUACGACACAUCCUCCAAAUUCAGUAGGAUCAAGUUUAGAUGAAUUAAUUAGAAAUUCACCUAGAACACCUCCUCCACCUGCUCCGUCAACUCACCCUGAUAGGCAUAUCGAAGCUGAACUAUCGAGGAACAAGAGGAAAGAUGCUUCCUCUUCUACUUCUUCAAUUACCCUUAUACGGUCGAAUAUUGAAAGGCAAAGAGUGGAAAAAGAAAAGAAGAUAAAUCGCCCUAAACCAAAAUCAAUAGGUGAUAAAGGAGGUUUAUCACUCGAUCAAUUAAUAAGGAAUUCGCCUCAUACUCUACCACCUGCAGCACCAAGUACACAUCCUGAUAGAAAGAUAGAAAAAGAAUCGGCAACUAAACCUGGUAAUUUGGAACCUAUACCAAAGUCAUCACCUCCACCUCAAGAGGUCAGACCUGAUGUGAUGGAAGCAGUGAAACCUAAUUCGGAAACGCCGAAACCAUUAGAAGACGUCAAAUCUGAUAUGGUCAAAGAUGUGAAUAUCAUCUUGGAAAAUUCAAACCCACCAAAGGAGCAGUUAGCCACAAGCCCACUAUUAUCCGAAGCUGCUACCACAGCGGACCCAAUAGACACAGUAGAUGGUAUAGAAAACCUCGGGGCUGAUCCCACCACUAUAAAAUCACAGAUAGACGAGGAUGAUAUACCUGUGGUGUUGCGUGCUUCUAAAGUACCUUCAUCGAGACUAGGUAGAUUGUUCCAUUAUGGAUCCCUGGCUGCGUCUCUCUCUAUCGGUGCCGCAUCAGAGUCAAUCAGACGGACUACUGGAGGAACCAAGAAUUCUGGAAGCGUUUUCAUGAGUGAUGCGAAUAUCAGAAGAUUGGUAGCUACGCUAGGUAGAAUGAGAGGAGCAGCUUUAAAGUUAGGUCAAUUCAUGAGUAUACAAGACAACCACAUGCUACCGCCCGAGAUCGAGAAGGUACUGCAGCAAGUUCAAGCUCACGCAAACUACAUGCCUGAUUGGCAAAUGGAGAAAGUGAUGCGAGAAGAAUUUGGAUCAGAAUGGCAAUCCUUGUUCUCAUCUUUUGACCGAACGCCAAUCGCUUCAGCAUCAAUAGGACAAGUUCAUCGAGCUACAUUAGCAUCUGAUUCUACAGCUGUAGCAGUGAAAAUACAAUUUCCGGGUGUCGCCUCGUCCAUCGAAUCUGAUUUAAAUAAUCUCUCACUCUUACUUCGUUCAUCAGCUUUAUUACCCAAAGGUCUUUAUCUGCAGAAUACAAUAGCGGUAAUGAGAAGAGAACUACAGGAUGAAUGUGAUUAUGUUAAAGAAGCUUCUGCAGGUAGAAGAUUUGAAGACUUCUUGAAGGAUGAUACUUACUUUGAUGUACCUAAAGUCAUAGAAGAAGCUACUACGGGGAAAAUAUUGACUACUCAAUGGAUGGACGGGAAACCAUUAAGUAGAGUGAAAGGUCUAUCUCAAGAAACAAGAGAUAGGAUCGGUACAAAUAUCCUUCGAUUAUGUUUGAUGGAAUUAUUCCAAUUCCGAUUCAUGCAGACUGAUCCUAAUUGGGCGAACUUCCUUUAUACCACUACGAAUUCUGUUGGACCCAAUGGAGAAGGUAUCCAACUGAUUGAUUUUGGUGCUUCGAGGGAGUAUACAAAGGAAUUCAUGGAUGGUUGGUAUAGGUUAUUGAAGAGUUGUUUAGAAGGCGAUAGGGUUAAAAUGAAAGAGGAAAGCUUAAGUUUAGGUUAUUUGACUGGAGAAGAGAAUGAUGUCAUGGUGGAAGCGCAUUUAGAUUCAAUGGCAUUAGUAGCUAGCCCCUUUUCAUAUCCGGGCAAAUACCCAUUCGCGCAGCAAACCAUAACGGAUUCCAUAAGAGGUCUUAUACCCAUAAUGCUGAAACAUCGAUUAACACCGCCACCCCAGGAAACAUACUCUUUAAAUAGGAAAUUGAGCGGAGCAUUCUUGAUGUGUGCUAAAUUAGGAGCCAACGUAGAUUGUACGAAACUCUGGGAGGACGUCGUAGGUGGAUACAAGGAAGGAUAA